AUGAUUAAGAUAAUAACAGGACGAAUCCUUGGAUCCGUCCUAGGAGUUCUAUGGAUUGUCCCGACCUGUAUCCUAGCUGUCCUAUUCUUAUCAAUACCGGACCAACUCUUCCUCUCGUUAUACUGCUCCAACUAUACUAUUCUACAAACCUUCAAAUUCAGGUCUGCCUUUACUUCGGUGAUCUUCAUACCGAUCAUCAUUAUAAGUUUAAACUAUGUAUAUUUCUACUAUAUUCUCUCCUGCAGAUUCAAGAUCCGUACAACACAAGGUAUAACCCAUCACGAUGAAAGAGUAAGUUCUGGAGUGAGUAAACAGAAUAGAAGGGCUGCUGGGAUUACUCUUAUGGUUCUACUAUCCUGCUCAGUUUGUUGGAUACCAGUGAGUGUGGCUCAUUUACUUAUAUGCCCUAAAGGUUGCUAUCUGAGCCCACUUGACCUACCCGCCGAGGUUAAUUUCUACCUUCACGCAAUCUCUAAUUUUCUCUUGGUCGCUAAAUCUCUUGUCAAUCCUAUCAUAUUUGCUCUCAGACAAAGUCAAAUCCGCAGUGCUUUAAUCCGAAUACUACACUGUAUCAACCCAGAGGUUGAAGAAAGACGACAAAGACAAAGAUCUGUGACCAAAAACAGUUUUAUUUACAGAAGUGUUAGAAACUCAAACAAAUAGACGACAUCACCGGCAUUGGUACAAUACAAAUCUGUUUAAAACAAUUUAGUGACAUCUUUAUUCAGUUUGUGUCAUUGAAUUUCAAAUAAAAUCAUUUAGAUUACUAGACUGUAAAAUAUUUUAUCUUUUACUUUUAAAGAUA